AUGGCGUUCCCUCAUCCUCGGGGCCUCCUCCCUGCCGAAGUGGCCUUCCUCUGUGAAAUGGAACAGGUGACCGUAAUCCCGCGCCAGCGCCUCGACCGUCUCGACUUACUGGGCGGUCCCACACGUCCUCUAAUUCCCCCGCAACGAUCGACUCUGCCGCUGUGGCUGGCGAUCUUGCUGAAACGGCAACGACGCGCCAAUAUCAUGCCUCCACCCUGGCUUUAUGCCGAAAGUCUGGAAGAGAUACUUGACCUUGAGACCAAACACUUUCAAGAUUCGUUCUCUCCUCCUCCACAGAUCCCCCCUACGAGACAGACAGACCAUAUGGGAAUGUCAUUCUACACUUCGUCACCUUUCGUAGACUCUUGUACAGCAAACGCCUUUCCCACGGCAUUACCGUACCACUGGUUUGAGAUCUCAGAGAUGCUAUUGGAAUCAGCGAGCGACGAUGUUCCGGAGCCCGACAGAGUACGACAGUUGUUGAGAGAUUUGCGAGAAGUUCGGCUGGCCAAGAUGCGCAAAGAGGUAGAGCCCUUGACGGGAGAUGGGCAAGGCGUGCGCUUGGAUGGCGUUGGUGCCAUGGAAAUAUCCGAAUCCAGAGGCUUCGUGACUGGUGUGAUGGAUGGACUGAGAAAGAUCGACGCCAGCAGAGAACAAGGGAGACGAGAGCGGGAAGAAGAAGAAAGAGAGAACCGGCGAUACAACAAUGAUGGCGAUGAUGAUAAUGACAGAGACGACGAAAUGACAUGA